AUGAAAGAAAACCCGACCGAAGACUACGAGCUGCUUGUCGAAGGACUAAAAAGCUGUGCCGAAUUCGUCUCAGUUCUUCAAGCAAGAAGAUCGGAUCGCAUUUCCAUCACUACUAAGGAGUUGCUCGAAAAGAGAAGUAAACUGAACCUUGAUCCUAAUGCAACACGGUUAGCAUGGCUAGUAAUAAGUGCCGACUGCAGAAGAGCUUUGCAGGAAGAUCUACAACGGUGCAAGCAGAAGAAAAUACUGGAAGCAGCAGAGAAAAAAAGCAGUCUGAAAAAAUUCCGUCGAGACUUAUGUGAUUAUAAUGUUCCACCGUCAGCGCUGAUGAGCGAAGAUGAAAUCGUCAAAACCUCCCGCCAUGAAAUGGAAUUAAUAGCGGAAACGUUCUACACCAACCUUUUCCGUUCCACAAUCCCCGUCUCGGGCCCUAGUAUCCCCGCUGGAGAAAAACAACUUGAAAUUCUUCCGUCGGAGGUUUAA